AUGCACCUAUUGCUCACCGCUGAGAAUUUAUGGAACAACAGGCAUGAUAGAAAACUUGUAUUAUCAUCAUCUCUUGAUGGCAAAUGCAAGGUUUCUUUGCUUCAAUGGGUUCAAGCAACGCCGCUCGAGGGAGCGACCAAUGCUUUCUUCGGUGAAGCACUUCUAGCCCGCAACCCCGGACUCCUCGAUGACUUUUCGGAAUUUGAUGAACGCAGUUGGCAACUUAGUAACAAGAUUCCAAGGCCCUGGCCGAAUAAGAUGCAAAUAGCAAAACAGAGUUCCCUUGAUGCUCUGACCGCCUACUUCCAGUCCCCAGCAGAUGAAAGACCGGGAAGCUGCUGGCUGGUACAGACGUUGGAAAAGGAGAUGCGAGCAGCAAGUAUCGGAGAUGUUGACAUAGCUGCUAACUUGAUGAUGGCUUACUGGGUUAUUAACGGGAAUGCCUGGAAAGUUUGCUUCUGGAUAAUGGCUUAUCUAGCCGAGAACCAAGAACUCUACUCAGCUAUUAAGAAGGAAGUGGCUCCCGUAGUCGCCAUAGCUCAAUCUCCGAAUGCUCUCAGUGACUGUUUGGACCGAUGUCCCCUUUUGACUGCUGUCUACCAGGAAACACUUCAGGUUGUCACCUCCUCAGUCUCUGCUCGAAAUAUAAUAGCACACCUUGAGUUAGGUGGCAAGCUCCUUCAGCCAGGAAACAUGAUACUCAUCCUCUAUCGACAAAUCCUCAUGAACGAAGAGGUCUUGGCUCUAAUGAAGCCGGUUUUGAUGCUACUCGUUUUCUAA